UCUUUUUCACCCCCUUUCUCAUUCUCUCUCUCUUAAACCCCCUUUUCUCGGUCUACCGUUUUGGCCACCCUCUUCCCUCUCUUCUCCCCCUCUCUUACUUAGCUCUGCCAUUUUGUGUAGACAGUAGUUCCAACAGUGGGAAUACCAUCUUAUUGUCCAGUGUGGCCGUGCAGAUGAUGCCUCAGAGUGAGUGAUGCACUCCUGACAUUCCUCAUAACCGAGGUUGGCAUUUGGAGCUCUAAAUGUUACCCUCGGCUUUCUUCCCAUGAUUCACGGUUAUGAGCUCAUUAUACCAGCCGCUCCUCAUCCCAUCCCACAUCAUAUCCCCAGCCCAAUGUCACCGCACCGCUCAGGCUUCAAAUGCCAACCAGAUGCCUACGUCACUUUCAUGGCAGACCAUUGCUUUGGAGGCCGAUAGCAGCCUGACACGGCUGUUUCUCCAGGGUUAGGGCUUCGCCACGGUGAGAGGAAGAAGAUUGCCAGUCUGCCACAGGUGUGUUGCCGGGACUGAAAGUGAGUCACCGCGGCGAUAGCGGCCGACCUGGGGCGCAAGACAUGUUACAGUGACAACUAAAACCAGCCAUCGUCAUAACAAUCCUCCUCCUCCGUCGUGUUGUUGUGUGAGCUCUGCUGAGUCACUGGAGAGAGAAAAGCUGUUCUCAUCCAAUCCCCCCAAGGCCUGAGAAGUCUAUCCAAUCCUGAACAAGGGAUCUGGAGUCCAUUGGUGCCAGAUGAUUCUGCCUAGCGACCUCCCUUUAGUAUUUAUGUAAUUGAUGUUUCAUUCAAGAUAUAAAGCUUAGUGGCCUACUCUACCUCUAUCUAUCUCAGUAGGACACUCUUCAUAUCAAGGCAGAGGACCAGCCUUUGGAAGAAAAUAGCCUAUAUGCUCUUGGAUUCAAAGUUUCUCUGAAGCAUCCACCCGGGAACAUCGACGUAACCUACCAGCUCCAUUUCACACACCUACACAAAUACACACACGUCGUUGUCGUCCACCGUCACCCACCACCACCACCACUUCUUAAUUCAUUGGAUUACGCCGUCAUCGGCGGGUGAGGUUGGGGAUGUAGACCGUCGUCACCACGGAUACCUACAGGAGACUCUUUGGACUCGGCUCAAGGUCUGCCGAGCAGAACAUGGCAGGCAAGGGUAACCCCUGCCAACCCCCGGGGGGGCCAGGCAGUGCAGGGGGCCACACUGUCUCUGUGGGGGGAUUCCCCAUGCCUCACUACUCCUACUUCUUCCCCCACAUGCUGGGGGGGCUGUCCCCUCCCACCCUCUCCGGACUGCCCAUCAGUGGAUACAGCACCCCAUCGCCAGCCACCAUAGAGACCCAGAGCACCAGCUCGGAGGAGAUAGUCCCCAGUCCCCCCUCGCCGCCCCCUCCCCCGCGAAUCUACAAACCCUGCUUCGUUUGUGCGGACAAGUCCUCGGGAUACCACUACGGAGUCAGCGCCUGCGAGGGCUGCAAGGGUUUCUUCCGGCGUAGUAUCCAGAAGAACAUGGUGUACACCUGUCAUCGCGAGAAGGGCUGCAUCAUCAACAAGGUCACCCGCAACCGCUGCCAGUACUGCCGCCUGCAGAAGUGUUUAGAAGUGGGCAUGUCCAAGGAGUCGGUGAGGAACGACAGGAACAAGAAGAAGAAGGAGGAGAAGAAGCCAGAGUGUACUGAGAUCUACGUGCUGAGUACCGAGACAGAGCAGAUGAUUGAACGCGUCCGCAAGGCCCAUAAGGAGACUUUUCCCUCGCUCUGUCAGCUGGGCAAAUACACCACGAAUAACAGUGCAGAGCACCGUGUGGCUCUAGAUGUAAACCUGUGGGAUAAGUUCAGUGAGCUGUCCACUAAGUGUAUCAUCAAGACGGUGGAGUUUGCCAAGCACCUGCCAGGCUUCACCACCCUCACUAUCGCUGACCAGAUCACCCUGCUCAAGGCUGCCUGUCUGGACAUACUGAUUCUGAGGAUAUGCACGCGGUACACUCCAGACCAGGACACAAUGACGUUCUCAGACGGGCUGACCCUGAACAGGACCCAAAUGCACAAUGCAGGCUUCGGCCCGCUCACAGACCUGGUGUUCGCCUUCGCCCAAACACUCCUCCCCCUGGAGAUGGACGACGCAGAGACCGGCCUGCUCAGCGGCAUCUGUCUGCUGUGUGGAGACCGUCAGGAUCUGGAGCAGGCAGACAAGGUGGACAUACUACAGGAGCCCCUACUGGAAGCUCUGAAGAUCUACGUGAGGAAGAGGAGGCCUCACAAACCACACAUGUUCCCCAAGAUGCUGAUGAAGAUCACGGACCUCAGAAGCAUCAGCGCCAAGGGAGCGGAGCGAGUGAUCACUCUGAAGAUGGAGAUCCCAGGCUCCAUGCCCCCUCUCAUCCAGGAGAUGCUGGAGAACUCAGAGGGUCUGGAGGGCCAGGGGGCCAGUGGGGGCCGCUCCAGUGGAGGAGGGGCCCCACCAGGCAGCUGCAGCCCAAGCCUGUCCCCCAGCUCAGCCCGCAGCAGCCCCCCUGCACCCUCCCCUUAGACGGGGGUCCACCACCACCCCCCAGGCAGGGACAGCAAGAAGGCAUGACUACAGACGGAGCCAGCCAGCUAACCGACAGACCCACAUUGUGACAAACCAGGCCAGAGUGGAGUGGGGUUAGGAAGAGGGCCAAGCCUGGGCCCAACCCGGGCGGACUUUGACACUUUGAGGGCAAACGCAGGCCUCAAUGGACAGACAGCCGUCCCCCCACCCCCCCUAUCUCAGCCCCAGACCGGGCACCGAAACAGACCGGGCACCAUCAUACUUGACUGAAUCUGGAUGGCACUAUACCCUUCACCCCCACCACCACCACCACCAUAGACAUGCCUCAGAACCAGCACCAGGGAUUGGCAGACGCAACACAAGGAGUUUAAUCUGAGUUGCUCUGUUUACUCUCCUCAGUGAUGACUCUCUGUUCUUCCUCUCUCCCCCUCAAGACAUUGGACAGGAAUUCAGGCUCAGUGCCCGUCAGACCUGGGGUAAAGGGGUCGACAAGACGCAUGUCUUUCUGCAGGGAACUAGACAGACAGACUGCUGGACACUGGGCACGAGUCAUCCCUAAAUGUUGUCAGGGACAGCAAACGGGGGCUGCUCGGAGAGGGGGCCUGCCUCUCCUUCACAACUUUGAGAGACAGAUUUUCUUACAAAAGAUAUAUGGAAAUAUAAAUAUAUAUAUUGAAAAAGUAAUCAUUGCAAUUUGAAUUGUCCAAGUGGAAUGAUGCAUAAAAGAAGAGUUGCCAUCUUUUUCUCAGUAUUUUUCUCACUGUUCUAAGAGCUUAGAUGUUAUUUGUGAUUUCCCCCCCACCUCCCCAGACCUAGUGUUUUGUUCUCUUCGUUUCACCCAGGAAUAUCAGCACACUAAGUAGUCACAGUGGAAAUGUGUGUUUUUUCUAUCAAAUCAAAAGAUAAGUAGAACAAAAAUGAUGACACGAUUUCUGAUGCAAUUCACUUUAUGCACUAGACCUCUUGCACUGUCACGUUCACAAGUUGGAUCAAAUUGAUACACAAAACACAAAUUGGACCAGGUUGGGUUGGCAUCUCUCUGUUUUGUUCCAUUUACAGCAUUUCGUUUUUUCAUGGGAGAAAAGGAAACGUAGUGGUUCUAUGAUCUAGAGUCAAGUUGUCGUGGAGUUAUGAAGAUGACCUGUAAGAAAGUAGCAGCCAUGAAAUAAUGUACAUAAGAUGUAUUCCUUUGUUUUUAAAGUACAUGGAGUCUAGCCAAUUUUCACUUUGUCAAAGCCUUUUAUGUUUUACUUUUUGUUCUUGUUUGGUGUCCUGAAGUGAAGGCAUGAAUCACUGAUCGACUGUUUAGACCGCUUAAGGAAGGGACUGACUGCUAGGAACACCAUAGCCAUUGACAACCAGUGAAGAGAGUUGAAUUUAUACUUCACCUGAAAUAAAAUAGAAAGAUUUGACAAUUUAAAGACCAACAACUCCGUGACCCCCCCCCCCCCCAUUUCCCUAAGGUCGUCCCUCUCUCAUUCCACGUCUGGAUAAUGUAUGUAUUACCCCCCAACAGCACUGCCUCUGUACUGUAGCACAUUGUCAAUAUCUAUGUGCUCCCAUUACCCCCCACCAUCAGUCACAAACUGUACCACGUUACCAGUAUGCUCACAUUGUAGCACAUUGUCAGUAGGAUGUAUCUAUCUAUGUCCGUGUAAACUCUGUGGCACGAUAUCAGUACGCUCACAACACCACUGCCUCUGUAUGUAUACAUGUUCCCCAUCUCUCUACUCCCUCCCCCCCCCCCCCCCCCCCCCCCCCACAACAGCACUGCCUCUGUAAGUUUGUUUCACAGUAUCAGCACCUCUAUCUCUGUAUCUAUCACAGCAACGCAACUGCCUCUGUUUGCACACUAUUAGUAUUUAUCUGUCUGUCAUUCUUGACUCUACUGACACAUCCGAGUACCUAGCUAUUCCCUAGCCUGGCCCUAGAUCAGUUUGUGCUGUCUUGCCAAUGCAUGACAAUGAAAUAGGAGUUGCACAAACUGAUCUGGGAUCAGGCCAGCUAUUUCCCCACCUUUAACCACUGUUUACACAAAAUAGUGUAACUUACCUACCCAUCUCUUUUCCCCACAACACCACUGCCUCAGUAGGAGUGGAUCUGUCCUUCACAACGAUCGAACGCUGCUAUUGGCCAGCCUCUCUGCAGCCAGUAUGACAACGCACAACUGUUUUUUUCCCCUGCACUCUCACUUGUAAUGCAAUCGGAUGUCAACCAGCAUUUGGGGAUAAAAUAAAUAACUGUUUUGAUUAUGCCAGAUCAUUGGACGAAGAGAAUAACAUUUAAUAAAGAACCAUGUCUGUGUGUGUUUUUAAA